GGGAUUAAUUGAUUACAUGGUAUCGUAUCGUAGAAGAAAAAAAAAAGUUCACCAUCCAUACUACGACAGAAAUAUUGAUUUUUUUGCAUCAUAUUGGUUCCCGUCAAGAACACCGGCGCAAACAACAAGCAAGCGCAUUUGAUAUAGGAAAUAGUGUUUGAACUUGUUAAGAUGCCUUCAUCGCUUGCUACUAAUGUUCAAGAUGGUCCAAUUGUAAAAAGACAAAAAUUGGACGUUACCGAUGCGCCCAAGAAAACUUUGAGAGAAUCGAGAAUCUUUACUCCAUUUCGUACAAUUGGUCUAGUAUCUUCAACUGCCGUUCCCUUCACUUCGAUUCCACUCGGCAAAACCACAUUUCAAAUCACAACCUCCGUAGGAAGAUGUUUACAAACGUACGACCUCAAAAGAGGACUCAACCUAGUCUUCCUCACCAGGCCACAGACACCAGCAGAUAUAACCGCUACAAUAGCAUGGAAAGAUAAAGUCUUCGCCGCAUGGGGAGGUCAGGACGAAGAUGGUAACCAGGGUCUCUGCGUAUUCAAGAGAGGAAAGAGGAUUGAGGAAAUACCACUCCCAGCAGAUCUAAAGGAGCCAAUCAAGCAGAUUUUGGUCUUUGGCACCUGGAUAGUAGGAUGCUGUUCAACCAGGAUAGAAGUCUGGAAAACCUCGACAUACGAACACUAUACGACUUUGCACACUACCGCGGCGCAGAAAGGUGGAAACGAGAUUACUGGAGGAAUCUGUAAUAUGCCAACAUAUCUGAAUAAAAUAUUCGCUGGAAGGAAAGAUGGUGGAGUUGAGAUAUGGAAUGUCAGCUCCGGGAAACUGAUCUACACCCUGUUACCACCAGGUCCAAACUGUGGAGCUGUAACCGCUCUACAACCCACACCAGCAUUAUCUCUUCUAGCGAUCGCAUACUCCGAAGGUCCUCUGAUAAUUCAUAAUGUGCGAACAGAUAAGACAGUCAUCCAUCUCAAUGGCGGAUCUGAGUCCACUAUCACUUCAAUAUCUUUCCGGACAGAUGAUCUUGGAGCUGGGGAGGAUGGUAAAAAGCCCGGUGUAAUGGCUACUGCAGGACCCGACAAUGGCGAUGUGACAUUCUGGGAUCUUAAUGGGGGUGGUAGAGUUAUGGGUGUUCUUCGAGGUGCCCAUAAUCCACCUUCUGAAUCUGGCGCGACAGUUAGUGGAGGAUUGAGCAAGGCCGAAUUCCUCUCUGGGCAGCCUGUCCUAGUCACCAGCGGCUUGGAUAACUCUUUGAAAUCUUGGAUCUUCGAUGAAUCGCCCUACUCUCCAAUACCACGAAUUUUGCACUCGCGCAGUGGGCACGCUGCGCCAGUCACGCACCUUCAAUUUUUACCUACUGAUGCGGAUGGUGCGGACGCAGGUGGAAAAUGGCUGCUAAGUGCUGGUAAAGAUCGAAGCUUGUGGGGAUGGAGUCUUCGAAAGGAUGGACAAAGUACGGAAUUGAGCCAAGGAAAUAUACGAAAGAAGGCGAAGAAAAUGGGUAUACUAGCCCAAUCUACAUUGGCAAAUGAGCCUAGCACGACCCUUGAGGAUCUUAAAGCACCGGAAAUUGUAUGUCUGGCAUCGUCAUUAAAUCGAGACGGUGGAAUGGGUGCACAUCCUGGAACUGGGGCGAUUUGGCAAAAGGGCCAUCUGCAAAAGAAGGGUACAGAUGCGACAGCAAGUGGGGUCACGGGAUGGGAAAGCGUGGUCACUGGUCACAAAGAUGACAAAUUCGCCCGAACAUGGUUUUGGGGAAGGAAGAAGGCGGGACGAUGGGCAUUUGAGACUGGUGAUGGUGGAAAUGUCCGAAGCGUUGCUAUCAGUCCAUGUGGCACCUUUGCAGUUGUUGGAUCAGAAACUGGUGGACUCGAUAUGUUUAACCUUCAGUCUGGUCUUCACCGACAACGAUACCCCUCAAAACUUACACCCGCACAAGCAAGAAAAUUAAAAAUUCAGCAAUUACAGGCUGCCGAGACUGGCAAGGAGAUAUCUUCCGAGACGGUAAAGAACUUUCAACCUGGACUUGGUAAACACAGAAAAGCGGUAACGGGCGUGGUUGUUGAUUCACUGAACCGCAAUAUCAUCAGUUGCUCUCUCGAUGGCAAGAUUAAAUUCUGGGAAUUUGGAACUGGUAACCUUGUCGAUGAAAUUGAUUGGUUCCCAAUGGUAUCUAUCACAGGAAUGAGAUACCAUGCGCCGAACGAUCUCAUUGCUGUCUCGUGUGAUGAUUUGUCUAUUCGAAUUGUUGACAUCGAGACCAAAAAGACCAUCAGAGAAUUAUGGGGGUGCCAAGGGGGUAUCAAUGAUAUGUGCUUUUCUAAUGAUGGACGAUGGGUCAUUGCAGCCUCGAAAGACUGCGUGGUUCGAGUUUGGGAUCUUCCGACUGGCCAUCUAAUUGAUGCAAUGCGAAUGGAAACUCAAUGCACUGCGCUCGCCUUUUCUGGAACAGGAGAAUUCCUAGCCACGACAUGCGCAGGACAAGUUGGAGUCAAUCUCUGGAACAACAAAACUCUUUUCACACAUGUUCCUACUCGACAUAUAUCCGAGAAAGAAAUUGCUUCUAUCACGGCACCAACUGUUUCCGGUGAAGGUGGCCAUAACGUCAUUGAUGGCGCAUUCCAAGAUGAGGAUGAGAGUGCUGAGGAUUCUGCACCUGCUUUGUCGCUGGAUCAACUAAGCAAAGACAUGAUGACUCUCAGUGUGGUUCCAAAGAGUAGAUGGCAGACUCUGAUUCAUCUAGAUCUUAUCAAAGCUCGUAACAAGCCCACAGAAGCACCAAAAUUGCCAGAAAAGGCACCCUUCUUUCUUCCAUCAAUCGACUCCGCGGCAGGUCCAUCAACUCAAGAAGAAAAAUCGACAGAUAGCGCCGCCGAAAGAUCACGCAUCAUGAAACUCGACCGCAUUGCUGCCGAACGCUCCUUUACAGUGACUCUCCGAUCUGGCGGCGAGUCAGGUGAUUAUACACCAUUCAUCGACCAUCUCAAAACUCUCUCUCCAUCCGCUGCUGAUCUUGAAAUCCGCUCCCUCUCACCUACUUCCAACGAAUUGAUCCACUUCAUCCACGCACUUACUUCACGUCUUUCACAAAAGAGAGAUUACGAAUUAGUACAAGCAUGGAUGGCUGUAUUCUUAAAAUUACACAACGAGGAAGUAGCUAGUAGCGAGGAGCUGAGAAAUGCAGUCAUGGAAUGGAAAACGCAACAGGAGAACGAAGGUGCGAGAUUGGGAGACUUGGUAGGUUGGUGUGGAGGUGUGGUGGGAUUUUUGAGAAGCCCUAGAACUUAGGAUGUGCUGUUUGAUUUUUUGUAUAAGAGCGGUGGUAGAUUUGCAGAGUUUAAGAUCCUACGUACCUAGCUAAUGUCAUGGAAAGAUGUAUAUCUGCACGUGUUUGCUUUCUGUUAAGAAGCUUUGGUUCUUGAUUUUUUGGUACGAAUUAAGAGUUUCACUCUCAAAACUCAAAUAAGAAAAGUCCGGAAUUUUUACAAUCAAAUGAGAUAACAAUAUGCAAUAUCUCAACAUCCGCAUUGCGUGCUCACUAACAACGAGAUCCACC